AUGUUCAAACUGGUCUUUUUUGCUUUAUUCCUGGCCUAUGCCCAUGGCUGCGGCAGACCCGCAUAUUUGCCGAAUACCUCUCGAGUAGUUGGAGGCGAGGAUGCUAAACCCCACAGCUGGCCAUGGCAGGUCUCCCUCCAGUACAGCAGGAACGGAGCCUGGUCCCACACUUGCGGCGGGACCCUGAUUGAGUCCAACUGGGUCUUGACGGCGGCCCACUGCAUCAGCUCCAGUCGGACCUAUCGCGUCGUCCUGGGCAAACAGAACCUCGAAGUAGAAGAGGACGGUUCCGUGGCUGUGGCUGUGGAGAAAAUUAUCGUCCACGAGAAAUGGAACUCCUUCCUGAUCCGGAACGACAUCGCUGUGAUCAAGCUUGCGGAGCACGUCCAGUUCAGUGACACGGUCCAGCCUUCCUGCCUGCCCGAAGCAGACACCAUGCUGGCCCAGGAUUACCCCUGCUACAUCACUGGAUGGGGACGCCUAUGGACCAACGGUCCCAUCUCCGACGACCUUCAGCAAGCUCUGCUGCCCGUAGUGGAUCACCAGACUUGCUCCCAACGUGACUGGUGGGGUUCGACGGUCCAGAACACAAUGGUUUGCGCGGGAGGAGAUGGUGUCGUUUCAGGGUGCAAUGGGGAUUCCGGCGGUCCCUUGAACUGCCAAAAUGCCAACUCGUGGCAAGUUCACGGCAUUGUGAGCUUUGGAUCUGGCCUGGGCUGCAACACGGCUAAGAAGCCGACUGUUUUCACGCGUGUAUCGGCUUACAUCUCUUGGAUAACGGAGAAAAUAAACCAGAACUGA